AUGGCGGGAAAAAGGUGUGGACUGGCGAAAAACGCUCUCCAAGGCACGUCCACGCAGAUGCGUGAGUGGGGAGCCGGAGAAGGUCAGGCCCCUAUGUACCCAGAGGUGUACAGACACCCCGAGGCAGGAAGAAGUGACGACGGCUAUAGGAGCGCUCAGGAGGCUGAGCGUGGCGUUGACACGCUGGCGAAGCGGCUACCGGACCUGUUGGUGACCAUUUGCCGGAAGGCUACGGCUAUUGGUAAGCGACAGAAAGAGCUUCAUGAGGCUGCAGUGCGUCGCUGUUUGUGCAUGCAGCGCGUCUUGUUUCUUGGUGGUUCUCACGCCUCGUCAGCAGGCCCCCGCGAUGAAGCAGACGAUGUCUCAGUAGAACCGCAGCAGAGGGGCCCCGCAGCAACGGGAGGCCGCUCUCUUGGAGCUCCGGAUAUUGUGUUUUUUAAGUGCCCUCUUACCCAGGAGCAGUUCAGGCUUCCUGUUUCGCAGCGGUGGCACCUGGAUGAUGCAUCGGGGGUCUGUCCGCAUGUUUUUGAAGAGGAAGCCAUCCUGCACGUUAUGUGA